GGUUUGACCUUCAAGUGCUCAGUAACCUCCCUCAAUGGACGGUGCCAAUGGAUCGUUGACCGUUUGUUUACCUUCGGUCGGUUAGAUCCUAUUCCCAAAGAUGACGGUUACAUACUCGUCGGUUGUGGCAACUGCGAAAUAUUGGACUUUUAUAAGAUUAUUGUUUAUGUGGAAAGGAAGCGUUUAUCGUCUGGUUUGGUUCGAGUUUUUGGUCUUCGUCGGUAUAUACUCAGUUUUAUCUGUUACAUACAGGUUUAUCCUCAGUGCGACACUGAAGAGGUAUUUUGAGCUAUUGUGCAUCUAUUGUGGCCAGUACAACGAAACGGUCCCUGUAGCAUUCGUUUUGGGCUUUUACGUUUCACUUAUUGUUCAACGUUGGUGGGAACAGUUCCUAGCAUUACCAUGGCCUGAUCGUUUGGCUUUGUUUAUAACAGCUUUUUGUCAUGGGAACGCUGAACGCCCAACAAGAAUCAGGCGAAAUAUAGUUCGAUAUAUCAAUCUAUCUUAUUGUAUUGCUUUACGUGCAAUCUCAUCUCGAGCUCGCUUGCGUUUUCCAACAGAAGAACAUCUUGUUACUGCAGGAUUGAUGACACAAGAAGAAUUGGAUAUUUAUCGUAGUACUCAACCCAGUGAAUAUACUUUAUACUUUGUUCCGUUAGUAUGGGCCCUAGAUAUGGUUACAAAAGCUCGUGAAGAAGGCUACAUACGCUUUGAUAGAGCUGUAGAAAUUUUGACGAAUGAAAUCACAUCAUUUCGUAGUAAAUUAGGUACAAUAUUUGCUUAUGAUUGGGUUAAUCCUCCACUCGUGUAUACCCAAACUGUAACAAUUGCUGUAUAUGGAUAUUUUGGUACAUGUUUACUUGCAUGGCAGUAUUUAGACCCAUCGAAAGGAUACGAAGGUCAUGAUGUUGAUAUUUAUGUGCCAAUUUUCGGUUUACUACGUUUCUUCUUCUAUAUUGGAUGGCUGAAGGUUGCAGAGUCAUUAAUUAAUCCAUUUGGUGAAGAUGUUGAUGAUUUUGAAAUUGAAUAUUUAAUUGAAAGAAAUUUACAAGUUUCUUAUCUAAUUGUCGAUGGAAUGCAUCAUGAGCAUCCUGAUCUUGUACGUGAUGCAUACUGGAAUACUACAGACAUUGUACUACCAGACUGGACAAAAAUUGCAACUGAUGGCAGUGCUGCAGAAGCCAAUUUGGACGCAUCAGAAGGAGCUGAUAAAUUUAUUGGCUCAUUAGCAAAUAUUGAUGUUACCGAACGUAGACCAAGUGUAUUAUUUUGGAAUAGUUCAAAUCUGCACCGACGAAGGACAUCUUCAACGAGUGCAAAAAGAUUUCCACAAAUAUCAUAAACAAGAAUUUUGAGCUUAGAUCUAUAACUUACAUAGAGAUAUAUCUUAAUGACAUAUGGAAAACAUCUUUUUUUUAAAAAUAAAUAUUACUAAUUUGCCUUAAUUGAGAUUUUCAUUCACAUUGAACCAAACAAACAAUUUUGUUCAAUAAAAUUGAAAGAGGGAUAAUGAUGAUUGAAUGGAAUAUAUGAAGUACAAUCUUUUUUUCCAUACUUUGAAGAGUUCAAUUCUUAUCUUGAAUAUGAGAGUUAGAUGUGUAUUGUAAAAACAAUCGUAUUUGAAUGAUAACAUAAUAAACAUAAUAACCAUAAUCUUAAAAAGAAAGAUUUUUCCAUUAUAAACUUUGUUUUUUACUCAGUAGUAGAUUUUUCCGCCAUGGUUUUUAGUUUCAUAAUUAUGAUGGUUACUAUGGAGAUUGUUAUAUAUAUAAUUACUAUUAUUGACUGUUAAAUGGUUGUUUAGGUUUGAUCUUCUGACACUAUUCUGUUCUGUGCUCGCAUAAAACGCUGAUUUUCGUUCCUAGAUACAUUGCUGCACACAUAUACUUCUUGUUCUCACUUAUCAGUUGCCGUUAUUUGCGUUUGCAGACAUUCCCAUUACGUGAUUAUUUACUUUGAAUUAUAUCUAUCAUAUUUGGAACUAUUGGUUACUUCUUAUAAUUGUCGAUUACGAGACCAAAACUCGAACACAUAUUCUACUGACUGCUUAAGUAAAGUCCCGCAAUUUUCUAUUUGUGUAGAUUAUCAAUGGUCUUGAUACUUUUUGCAUUAUUUUGGAAUUCAGUAGUAAGCUCAUUGAAUUUUUUAUCACCUACCACCUGCUGUAAUUUAGACAAUUAACCCGCUAUGUAAAAGUAUGUGUGAGCCUAAUUGAGCUCAAUCUUUAUCUAUCCCCCCAUUGUUUGUUUACACAGACAAUCAACGACUUACCCACAGAUAAUUAGCACUCAUAAAAUACAUGGAUUUCUCAACCUUUACAUUCUUCCUUCCCAAUGCACUUGGCUUUUGCGUGCUCGCGAAUUUUAUUAAUUAUCAUUAAUACACUCACUAUCCCAACAACUGGUGUUCUGGCUUUUGAAUAUUCUCGAGUAAAUUCCCAGUACUACUAGGAGAAUUGGUGCUGUAAGUUCUUUACUGUGCAGCUGUUCAUCCCUUUCCCAGCAUACAUGCCCUAGCACAGUACAAUUUACAGUCACUAAUCUUUGGAGAUUUGAUCUUGAACGAAUUGCUACGACAGAGAAGUCCAGUCAAUAUAAAAUAACAAUUGUUUAUGAAGGGAUCAUUUGCAUGUAAGGUAAAAGAAAAUAUAUAAAUCAGCUCGCCGAACUGUGUUGAUAAUUUUAUUGAAGACUUUAAGUAUUAAUUCAAUCCAAGAC